UACCCUGACCAACUGUGUGCGCAGUUGUUGGCAGAUUCUCCAAAGAGACGCCAGUAGCUUUAGCCGUGAGACAUUGAAUGACUUUGUUGGACCCCUGUGCGACAGAGUACAGAAACUUUCCUAUUUGACAGGUCGGGAUUAGUGUCGGAGCUCAUGGAGGCCCUCAUACCUGUCGUAAACAAACUGCAGGAUGUAUUUAACACGGUCGGCACAGACAUUAUUCAACUGCCGCAGAUAGUUGUUGUGGGAACUCAGAGCAGUGGGAAGAGUUCAGUUUUAGAGAGCCUGGUUGGCAGGGACGUCCUGCCACGUGGCACUGGCAUCGUCACACGCCGGCCCCUUAUCCUACAGCUGGUGCACAUCGAUCCAGAGGACCGCAGAAAAUCCAGUGAAGAGAAUGCCACAGAAUCCAAGAAAAAUGGACGCCUUUACAGAGGAAUCGACGGAGAGGAAUGGGGCAAAUUUCUACACACCAAAAACAAGAUCUACACAGAUUUCGAGGAGAUCAGGCAAGAAAUUGAAGCAGAAACACAAAGAAUUUCUGGCAAUAACAAGGGUAUUAGUAAUGAACCCAUUCACCUGAGAAUCUUUUCACCACACGUUGUGAACCUUACAUUGGUGGACCUUCCUGGCAUUACAAAGGUACCAGUGGGAGACCAGCCCAAAGACAUAGAGCUUCAGAUCAGAGAAUUGAUCUUCAAGUACAUCUUCAACCCCAACUCCAUCAUCCUGGCUGUGACUGCUGCCAACACAGACAUGGCAACCUCAGAGGCCCUUAAAGUAGCUCGCGAGGUUGACCCUGAUGGCAGGAGGACGCUAGCAGUGGUGACCAAGCUGGAUCUGAUGGAUGCCGGCACAGAUGCCAUGGAUGUAUUGAUGGGCAGGGUCAUUCCUGUCAAACUGGGUUUAAUUGGAGUCGUUAAUAGGAGUCAGUUGGAUAUCAAUCAGAAGAAGUUGGUGGCAGAUGCCAUCCGUGAUGAAUACGCCUUCCUACAAAAGAAAUACCCCUCCCUUGCAAACAGAAAUGGAACCAAAUAUCUGGCCAGAACAUUGAACAGGUUACUCAUGCACCACAUCAGAGACUGUCUUCCUGAUCUGAAGACGAGGAUCAAUGUGCUGGCAUCGCAGUACCAGUCAUUACUCAACAGUUAUGGUGAACCUGUGGAGGACAAGAGUUCCACGUUGUUGCAACUCAUCACCAAGUUUGCUGCAGAGUACUGCCACACCAUAGAGGGCACAGCCAAAUACAUUGAGACAACUGAACUAUGUGGUGGAGCAAGAAUCUGUUACAUAUUUCAUGAAACAUUUGGUCGCACAUUGGAGUCAGUAGAUCCUCUGGGUGGUCUGACAACCAUUGAUGUGCUGACAGCAAUCAGAAAUGCAACGGGCCCGAGGCCUGCUUUAUUCGUGCCCGAGGUUUCCUUUGAGUUGUUGGUGAAGCGACAGGUCAAGCGCCUGGAGGAUCCCAGUCUGCGCUGCGUAGAGCUGGUUCACGAGGAGAUGCAGAGGAUUAUCCAGCACUGCAGCAACUACAGCACACAGGAGUUGCUGAGGUUUCCAAAGCUCCAUGAUGCCAUAGUAGAAGUGGUCACCUCGUUACUCAGAAAGAGGCUCCCAGUCACCAAUGAAAUGGUUCACAACCUGGUUGCCAUAGAGUUGGCCUAUAUCAACACAAAGCACCCUGACUUUGCCGAUGCCUGUGGCCUCAUGAACAAUAACAUAGAGGAGCAGAGACGCAACAGAAUGAGAGACCUGCCCUCUGCUGUCCCCAGAGACAAGUCCCUUAAAGGCCCAGGUGGGCAGCCUCUCUCUCCCACUGAGCCUCAUGCCCUUGAGAGCGAGGCCACCAAGGCAGCCGCCAGUGGCGCUCAGAGCGGUGCUGCUAGCGAGCAGACAGACGGCGGGACGGGGAACUGGAGGGGCAUGUUGAAGAAGGGAGAGGAUGGACAAGCUACUGACAGAGCCAUGCUCCAUGCAAACCCACACAAGGGCUACGCUGUCAACCUGCUAGAUGUGCCUGUUCCAGUGUCCAGGAAGUUGUCUUCUCGGGAGCAGAGGGACUGCGAGGUCAUUGAGAGACUUAUCAAGUCAUACUUCCUUAUUGUACGGAAGAACAUCCAGGACAGUGUGCCGAAGGCCGUGAUGCACUUCCUGGUGAACCAUGUGAAGGACUGCCUGCAGAGUGAGCUGGUGGGUCAGUUAUACAAGACGGGCCUGCUGGAUGACCUGCUCACAGAGUCCGAGGACAUGGCUCAGAGACGCAACGAGGCCGCUGACAUGCUCAAGGCGUUGCAGAAAGCCAGCCAGGUGAUUGCAGAAAUCCGAGAAACCCACCUGUGGUGAGGGCGGUCUCUCUUUAUCCCCCAUGAGCCAUCCAGAAGCUUCUGCUGUGUCUGCCAGCACCUCAGACGGAGAGACGAACAACUUAAAAAAUGCACUGUUGUGGAUAUGUGUAUAAAACAUAGUAAAAUAGUUUUAAUGUAAAGAAAGGACUUGGAUUUACUUGGAUUUAAUGAAGAGCAGUACAUAUCAGCUGCUCAUCAUCAGCAUCACACAUACUCUUGACUUAGUUAUUAUAUUUUUCUUAUGUAUUUGAAACCAUAAAUAAAUAGAUGUUAUGCAUCACCACUAUGUGGAGCAUUGAGGAGGAAUGUCUGCUCUUAAUGCUGCAACAUGUAGUUUCUCUCUUUAUCAUGUCAAUUAUUUUAUUAGAUGUUGACAAAAUAAUGUGUCUGCUGAUUGUUCAAUACAUGUACUCAAUUUAGA